AUGCCUGAAAUGAAAGUCCUCGUCCUGGGUCUCCCCAGAACAGGCACCCAAUCCCUUGCCGACGCCCUCGCAAUCCUCAAAAUCGCCCCCGUCUACCACAUGCGCGAAGUCGCCAAAAAUAUUCACCAAGACCUCUGGAUCGCCGCCAUAACCGACAACCUCCCCAUCUCCAACCCCAAAAAUCCCUGGUCAAACUCCCAAUGGGACGCCCUCCUCUCCCCCUAUGAAGCAGUCUCCGACUUUCCCCCCUCUCUCUUCCCAACCGCGCUCGCAAAAGCAUACCCUACAACCCCGAUUAUCUUAACAACCCGCCCCUAUGAGUUCUGGGCGUCUUCGAUGCGCGAUACUCUGAUCCACGCACACCUCCACCGGGAUCAGCACCAAAAGAAAUCGCCAAUGGAGGGGUUGGCGGACGCGUAUCACUCUGUCUGUUGGGACAACGACUUUGAGAAGAAUGGAGAGACGUAUUUUAAGAGGCACCACGAUGAGGUGAGGGCGUUGAAGACUGACGGGCGUAAGUUUCUCGAGUAUAGGCCUGGAGGCGGGUGGGAGCCGCUUUGUGCGUUUUUGGGGGUUGAGGUGCCGGAUGUGCCGUUUCCGAGGAGUGAUGAUUGGGUUGAGUACAAGAAGAAGGUUGAGCAGGACAGAAAGGAAGCUGGUGCUGUCGAUAAGUAG